GUAAUCAGCUGUUAAUUGCAAUGCCGAUGGGUAGAAAUAAAUCGUUUUGUUUCGGUCAUUAAUGCUUAAUUUUAUAUUACUUUCAUUUUCACUUAAACCAAUACAAAGUGAUAAAUAAUCAAAAUGUUUUUUUAAAAAGUCUACUAAUGGCGCGAUGUCCUAUGUCAUCUGUCAGUUUUAUUCAUUCAUCCAUUGUAGUGCAGAAAAAAAAUGUGACUUGUUUGAUAAAUUCUGUUUUAUCCAUUAAAUGCUAGAUGAAGGUUAAAAACAGAGAUUCCAUGUUUACUUAUCGUUUAACGAACUCGCCGGUAACAAUAUUGUAUAGUAUAAUCAUUGAAAUAUCUACGUAGCGCAGCUUUUAUAAGGCCUAACAAAUUCCCUCUACAAAGAACCUGUGCGGCGUCGUCGGUUUCUGUUAUUUUAUUGGACAUUAUAGUGGUUAAGUGUUUUAGUUUAUAUGUUAUAGUUGGUGCAAAAAUAGUUGGUUUAAGUGUGUGUAACGUAUCGAAUACGAAAAUGUCGGGUCGUGUUCGAAAACAAUCGGACUGUCCUGUUGGAAAACAGGGUCCUAUGAGAGCGACACUGCCCGUGUCGUCUGUGAUGAAGCAAAGUGGGGGGUUCAAAAAAAAUGCUGCCAAUAGUCCAACACUUUCGCCAACGAAUGUGUGGCGAAGAAUAUCACCAGACCAUGCCCUCUCUGGUCAAAGAAGUCCAGGAGCUGUUAACUACAAAGGUAAAGGACGAUUUGGCUCCAAUGUAAUCAGACGUACAGCCUCUCUAGAUACGUUAUAUCACAAAGGACAAUGGCCCAGGGAUUACUACCUCCAUGCAGGCCAGCUACAAGUUGAUAAGUCUACACAAACAGAUGAUGGAGGUGGACUUUCUGGAAGAUCAUCUAGGGGCUCUGAUGAUGACAAAUUGGACCGUUUCAUUUUGAGAAGUCGUUUACAAAGACCUCACAAGACCGCAGCAUCAGGAGAAUAUUCAACACAUUCAAUGAGCCCUGGAUUUUGGUCCCGUUUCGGCAGUGGUGGUGUACCUUUAAGAGCAGCACGUUCUUCUGUUGAGGGUCUAAACCAAGAAAUAGAAAGACUUGUUCUUUGUCCAGCAAGUGGUACUCAGACUCCACAUCUUGAUAGACUACGAGAUAAGGUAACUCCUGAAGGUCACCGUGCACCACUUGCAGAACUUUUGAGACGUUCAGUCAACACACAGACUCCCCAUGAUCUUUGUCAUACAGCUCACUCUUCAGAUCCUCCAUCACGAGGUUCACUCUCCAGUGCGGGCUCAGCCGAGCUACUUGCGGCAGGUGGAAGUGUUUGCUCAUCACCUGAUCUCGAUGGUUCAAAACUUGGAACUUCACCACAAAUUAAUCGCUUCUUAGCCCGGGAACCUCCAGAUGGUUGUGAAAAGGUGAACCUCAAAGCCGGCGAGGGCGCUUACACCGAGCCGAUCUCCGUGAUGAAGCCCACCGUGCACGGGUUCACGCUGCGGCCGUCCCUGGGUUCCGCCUUCCAGCCGCUGCAGCCCGCGCCGCCCGCCGAGCCGCAUUCCGAGCAACACUCCGAGCCGCACUGACUGACGACUGCCGCCUCGACACCGACAUGCACACACACACUCACGCACCGGCACAUGAGUAAAUCCCCCACAGAGACAAAGCUUCUAAGGAGCGCACAAAAUUUGUGCCUAUUUUGGUUGGAUGGUCACAUGAGGAUAAAUAAAUGAAAUAUAUAAUUAUAUAUUAAUAAAAUUAUUACCAAUCAAUGAAAUAAUAUUAAAUUGUAACUUUCUUAUUGUUUUCGUUUAACAAUUAAUUUAAAACGUGAUUUGACGCGCGCGCAUUGAGUUUGUCAACUGGCUAAGCUGGAACAAACCAGUUUUGCCAAUGGGUGUUUCUGGAAGUCGCCCACACACCUGCUUGCUUCGUAGUGCUGUACCUAUCGCUUCGCAGUUGUAUGAAGCUUUGUGUCUGUGGGGCAUUUACUCGUGUGACACCGGCCCCUGACGACACCCCGAGCCUCGGGAGGAUAUUGACACGCUCGUAUAUAUAUAUGAUAUACAUAUAUAUAUAUAUCAUUCGACUCUGGCUGGGAUGAAUCCAUCCGGUUCGCGAUGUUGCCGCCCUAUACUGAAUAGACUUGAUGGAAAUAUGUUAUGAUUUUAAUAUUUUUAAUAUGCAGAUGGUGUGAAAGGUGUGUCACACUUAGGUGGUACCAUAAAUAUCGUGACGCUAGGAGUCAGAUUUAAUUUUUACAUAAAAGCAAACCUUUACUAAAACCAAAUCUAAAGGUUUUUAAUUUUUAUUUAGUUAAUAUUUUUCAAUAGCAUUAGGUAAUUUCAUUCUACAUAAUUCAUCAAGUUAUAAGUAUCAAAGCCACAUUGCUGGCGUCAUAUUUGUAUUUGUAUUACGAUUUCACAAAUUGCGGUAGAGAACUGCCGUUGUCGUCGAUUGAGAAUAGAGUUUUUUUUGACAGCUGAUUGUACAGCUAGCUAUAAUGAUUUAGGAUAUAGUAUUAAACUAGUACCUGGCUCUAUUCAAAAUUUUACUUUUACACGUUAGUGUGAAAUUCGUGUUUUUUAUAGUUUAAUUAAAUAAAUCAAUCAAUUUUAUUUAAUAAGGUCAAAUUGCAAUUGAUUCCAAAUUGAAACUACCGACUUCAUAUAAAAUAAUAAAUAUAGCAGUUAUGGGUAUCAUCAUUUAUAUACAAAUGAAAACAAAUAAUCGCUAUGAUUACAGUUUCACAUUUUUUUAUAUUAAAUCGAGCAUGUCAUUAAAUAUUUCAUUGCUUAAGCCAUAUUUGGUGUAAUGUUGAUGUAAUAACAAUAUGCAUUAAGCAAAAAGAUCACAUUGUUAGUAUUUUGAUGACAUGCAAUUAUUUAAUUAAACCUGAAACAAACUCUUUCAAUUAACAUUACAUAACUUAAAAAAUUCAAAACAUACCAUGUUUGUAGUACUUACUCAUACUUAUCUGAAAGAGUACAACACAAAUAUAAUCAGUAGUGACAAUAAUUGUAUAUAAGUUAAAUUUUUCUAUUUGGAUACUAAAAAUAGCAAAUAGCUAUGUUCAUUGUAAUAAUUUAGUAACUUAAUGUUUGACAUUUGUCAAUUUCCACUGAAUGAGGACAUUUGGUGUCAUUCAAUGACACUAUCGACUAUUUCGGAACCGGAUUUAGUUAAAGCAACCAAAGUAAGGUCACUAACCGUUUUGCGUAUUAUUUGCAUUUGCAAACUGUCAAAUUGAGCUCAGAUUUCGUAUUACUGUAUCGAUUUGAUUGUCGUAUAGAGUAUUUACUAUCGUUUAAUGAAGAAGUGAGAGGAAGUAAAGAUGCCGAUGCGGAAAGUGACUGGAUAUCAAUUUUGAUCUCAAGUAUCGUUUAAAAUGUGUAUAUAAACUGAUAUAUGUAUUACAAAUUAAUAGUUCGAAUAACACAUUUUUAAUUUUGGUUUAGUUUUCUGAGUAAAUUGCUAUUAUAUUUUUAUCUUUGGUGAUAAAAUAACUUGGACCAAAAUUCUCAAGGGCCAGAGUAUCGGAGACGGGAUAGGAGUGGUAAGCUUGAUAUAGGCUGUUUUUCUAAUGAAGAUAGCUUUAAAUAAUGGGAUUUGACAUAAGAAAGUUGAAGAAGAUAGACUGAUUUUUGAAAUCUUUACUCAUGCUUUGGUACAGGUAUCUUGACAAUGAUUAUAAUAAAAUAAAUAUUAAAAAAAAGGUUUAUAAUAAUAUCAUGUGCGCCAUUUGCUCUUAAUCUGGUAUUAGAAAUUGAAUUAUUAUCGCCUCGUAGAGGUACAUUACACAUAGAUAAUAAUAUCAACGUUUUCGAUUGUAUAUAAAGAGUAUGUAUACAGCUUUUUUUUUAACUUAAGAAAUGCGUAGGGCGUCAGGUAUCUGUACUGGGUAUAUUGGAUAGACACGGUAUUCGUUAUUAUAUCAUUCGGAUAGGAAAGAAUGGACCAUGCCAAUUGGAUCUCUCAUUUUGGCCAAAACGCAUUUCUAUCAUCGAGACUGAUAACGUAGAAUGUUGAAAACAUAGUUAGAUCUGCUUAAUUUUUUUUUAAUGUUUUGUAAAAUUCGACGGCAAAAAGAAUAUAUAUUUUUGACGGCUCACCUUUGGAAUAUAGAGUAUUUUAAAUCUUGUCAUUGCUCAAAUCAAAAUUUUUAUUAAGAGCCAUACUUAUGAUACAUGCCGAAUUUCAAAUGUAAACAUUGUGAUUGUAAAUUUCAAGUUGCUGAUAUUUAUAUAUUAUAAUUUAUAUAUGUGUAUUGGUUAUUUUUUAACAAAUGAAUGUGAUAUGUAAGUGAAUAUUGAUUGUUACUUGACAACUUUCGGUACUGAAACACGUAAGUGCUUGUAUCUAUUUAUCAGCUAACAUUAAUAGGUCUUGCACAAAGUAAGCAGUAACCACGAGUUGUGAAGUGUUACCGAAGGUGCUGAGGAGUGAUUUUUAUAUGUGUAAAUGAGGGCUGUUGCUGGCUUGUGACAUGACACGGUAGGAUGUUGAAUAUCUUUUGGACUUACGGUAACUGGGAGGCAGUUUAUUUUUAUUUAUCGGUGAAUGUGACAAAUGAUCAAUUCUAAAAAAAAUGAUUUGAUAUUUGUACAAAUAUUUUCGUUUCUAUUUUAUAAAAGUACUUGUAUGUAGAUACUUUAAAUGUUAUUCAGUAGUAUUAUACAAAGCUAAUGAAAAAGUCAUCUAUGAUUUCACAUUCAUUAGUAGUAAAUAUUGAAUAAGGAUAAGAAUAAUAUUCGCUGUGCAAGAAAAUGAAAAUCAUUUAAAUAUGAAAGACAAAGCCGAGCCAGUAUUUAAAAUCCGGAUUACUGUGUAGAUUUUUCUCAUAAGUGCAAUAUCUAGCUGUAAUGUUGACAAAUAUUCUAGCGAACCAUGUACGUCGUAAAACUGCGAGAAUGCUGUUUCCAACUGGAAGAUUUGUUUCGUCUCCUCUCAAAACCUUUACUUAGUUGCACAUUUAUAACAAAAUAUGUACAGUUUCCGUAAUUGUAAGCUUUAUAAUUGCAUUGCUUCCUGUUAGCUUCCGUGACGUUAUAGAUUACCCCCCACACACGAACCCCAAACAAUAUGCUUUAUUAACAUAAUACUUACAAUAUUUAGAUUUAUGUCACAGGUCCAGGUUGUACUUUAGGAUUUAUCCUUUCCGAUGUCGUUACCUAAUUUAAGGUUUAGUAAGUUUAGGUGACCCGAAAAUAUUAGCUGUUAAUAAAUGUGUGCUAUUAAAGGUACCCCCUUACCAAAUCAUUUUAUGUAAAUCACUGGGUCUGGAGGAAGUUUCUACAUAAAGUUGUUACCACAUUCCACUACUACCUACCAUUUAUUGGAAAAACAUAUUUACCACAUAAACAACUUUAUGUAGAAAUGUUAAUGUUUUUUAAAGUACAUAAAGAUAUUUUUGUAUGUUCAGGGUAGGAGUUGUGCAAGAUGUACCAUAAAAGUAAUUUUGCUAGGACCUUAGAUUUGAUAGUUCUUUUAUAGAUGGUUAAUAUUAUUUUAAAGUUUGCUUUUAGAUGAUUGAUAAGUUUGUAAUUUUUAUUACUAUGAUAUUAGAUUAAAUACUAACAUUAAAACUAAACCAAAAGUGCCCAUUGAGAUAAGUUUAUAAUUCAAGCAAGCCUUUUGUUUAGCAUUUUGUUAAAAAUAAUGUUUAGGCGACAAAAUUAGUAAUUAAGGAAAUUAUGAGAGGAUUGUUGAGUUUUAGUUUUCUAAAAUUGUUGAGGUUUAUUGAAAAAAAAAAUCUUUAAUUUUUUUUACACGUAAUGCUUGACAAAAGGCUUGUUUUUAGAGGCAUUAAUUAACAUCAAUAAUAAUAGUAUCGAUUUUAAGUAAAGAUAAGAAUGGUUUUAUUAUAGUUUUGUUUCAGAGAAGAAAUUCUAAUUACUAUUUUUGUUUCCAAUAUUUUAUCACUUUUACCUGUUUUCAUUGUAAUGUAUCUUGCUGUAUUGCAGACAUAUCCAAUAUACAGACUGAUUUAAGAACUGCUUUUUUA